GAACAGAGCAUGCACUGUUUCAUAUUACACACAUGCAGAAAGAGAGAGAAAAUCCCAGGGACUCUUGCUUUUCUUGACGUUUAGUUGGGUUUAUGGAGCCUCAGAGUCGACAGAAUGAAACUCUCUACUGUUGCGAUAGUUCUCCUGACUAGGGCUUUCAUUGGAGAGCUAAGUGCUGCGUUAAAUGUAACCGUUACCCCCGGGCCCAUCAGCAUGUGUAUGGAAGGAGACAAUAUCACACUGUCCUGUUUGGUAUCUCAGAGGAAGAGGAGCAACAGUCUGCUGGCCCUGCGCUGGCUUUACCUACCCAGCCCUGAAGACGAGCACUUGCUUGUCCGGAUGAGCGUCAAGAAAACCAAGCAUUAUGGCAACUACAGCAAACACUUUCUCCAUACCAAGUUUCUUCUGUGGGAGGAGAAGGAUGGACAGAUCUUCCGUCUAAUGAUCUUGAAUGUAUCGACGGAGGACAGGGGUAACUACACUUGCAAAGUGCAGGAAAUACGACAGCACCGAAAUAAAUGGAGGAUCUCUGGGAAUGGGACGGGGAGCAUGGAAUUACGAGUACAUCAUCUACCCACCACAGGAAAAACUGAUGUCAUAUGGCGCAUGUUUGAAGAUUUAUACAUGUGUGCUGUGCUCAUCUGCUCUCUUGGGCUCAUCUGUAUGUUUAUUUUUGCCAUGACUAUCACAUGUCAACACCUUCAGCAUAAGCGAAGACUACAAGCCAGUUAUUACCUGGUAAAGUGUCCAGAAAAUAGCUCUGGAGAAACAGUAACCAGUGUGGCCAGCUCUUCUCCUGCAAUGCACAGAAAAGAAAAAAGGCAUAAACCUCAGAUCAGAGACAUCACUAUUCCACUAUCUGCACCCCAGAUACCAGCUAAAGCACCUGCACCAAGGAAACCACGCAGAACAAAACUUUUAAAGGCACAACCUAAGUCUCACAUGCCAAGGGUGGUAGACGACCUGACCUAUGCAGAACUGGAGCUGGUUAAACCAAAGCCGGAGCUGAAAACAGAUUUGACCAGAUGCGCACAGCUUGAGUCCAACACAAACUGCACAGGAACAGUAUAUGCCCAAAUACUCUUUGUAGAGAAGCAAGUGUAAAUAUGUAUUAUAAGAGUUUCGUACCAAAAUUAUUUAUUUUUAAAAUAUUUUGUACCUACAGUACGUACUGGUGUUGUUGUUUUUUACGUGUACUAGUAUUACAAGUAUAAGAUCUGUGUAAAGAGCACCACGUCAUAUUUUUGGACACUGACAUAUAUUUGGACCCAUUUAUGUAUGAAUUUCAGGUUUUUAUAUUGUACAAGAACGCUUAGGGGAUGGCAUUACGGAUGGAUUUAACCAAACAUUCAUCAAUUCAUUAUGCAAUAUGAUGUAAGAACUGUAUUUUGCUAUUUUGAAAUAAAAAUAUGAAUAGA